GCAACUUAACUUAUAAUGUACAUGAUUGUUGUACUUUCAGGGAAUUCUAAGGAGCUGAUGACAGACUCUGGUGCGGAAGGCUUGGAGGCAUGUCACUCAGCACAUGAAGAUGCUGUUGAGGAAACACAGGAAAGAUCUCCAGCCAAAGCUACCGGCACAUCAUAUCAGGCAGACAGUCUCAUGUAUGCAGAGGCAGUAAAGUCAUCUCCAGAAGACGAAUCCCCAUCAAGUGAAGGACAACAAUGGAAGGAAAAUGUCAAACAACUCCUAGAUGCUUGUGAAAAAGGCAACCUCCAGUCUGUUAAGCAUGUCAUAGAGUCGGGUCAUCUCCGAGUAAGCAUAGAAGAUGAAACGGGAACCACGCCACUUCAUUCAGCUGCAGCAAAUAGGCAUGUCAAUAUUACAAGAUAUCUGCUACAUAAAGGUGCAAACGUUGAUGAAAGGAACCGUAUGGAUGAGACAGCACUUCACUUGGCAGCAGGCAGUGGUGAUGUCCGUAUGGUUAAACUGCUGUUGGAACACAAUGCAGAUAUCUCUGCAACUGAUUGCCUUGGUAACACUGCACUUCACUUUGCUGCCCGAGAAGGGAAAACCAACGCACUCCAUUUACUUCUAUGGAUAGGGGCAAAUAUUGAUGCUACAGGAAAUGAUAAUCUAACAGCACUUCAUCUCGCGGCAUGGAAUGGCCAUGCAAAUGUUGUGAAUGACCUCUUAGUUUAUGGAGCAGACCUAAAUAAAAAAGACAUAUGGGGCCAUACAGCUCUCCACAUAGCAGCUAGGGAAGGGUAUCCUCUGAUCGUUAAAGACUUGUUACAUUCCAAAGCAGAUCUGAAUGCACAAGCAGACGAUAACUAUUCAGCGCUACAUUUUGCCGCUAGUGACAAUCAGUUGGAAGUGGUUGAAGUCUUGCUUUCAUCAGGGGCAGCCAUCGACGAUACGGAUAAGUAUGGUGACACAGCGCUACAUUCUGCAACAAGUUAUGGCCAUGUUUCAAUGAUGAAAACUCUUGCUGAGAAAGGUGCUGAAGUCAAUGCAACAAACAGCUAUGGCAAAACACCGCUGUAUGCAGCGGCUUUUGGGGGACACGACGAAGCCCUGGAAUACCUGAUAGACAUAGGGGCAGAUCCACAUGCAAAAGAUAAACAGGGUGAUACAGCACUCCACUGGGCUGCAUAUCAUGGGCAUGUCAAGGUGGUAGAGUUAUUACUCAGCAAAGGCCUGGACAGUAAUGCAAAAGGUUAUUAUGGCAGAACAGCUGUGCACCGUGCUGCAGAAAGAGGACAAGCCCAGACACUUCAGGUGCUUCUGCAGGCAGGAGGAUCACCUAACGUGACUAAUGAAGAUGGAGAGACACCGCUUCAUAUCGCACUGCUAAGAAACCCUGAUGUUGCCCAGCUUCUUCUUGAGAAAGGUGGAGAUCCCAGUAUAAAGUCAGAAGACGGGGGGACUGGACUACACCUUGCAGCGUGGACUGGUAACGUGGACGCCCUUAGGUUAGUGUUGGAAACUGGCAAGGUUGAUGUUGAUGAGAAAGACUUUGCUGGCUGCACGGCACUCCACUUGGCCUCUGAACAAGGCCAUUUUGAGGUGGUUGAAGUCCUCAUAGACAUAGGGGCAGAUCCACAUACAAGAGAUAAACAAGGGGAUACUGCACUCCACUGGGCUGCAUAUCAUGGGCAUGUGAAGGUGGUAGAGCUAUUACUCAGCAAAGGCCUGGACAGUAAUGCAAAAGGUUGUAAUGGUAUAACAGCUGUGCACCAUGCUGCAGAGAGAGGACAAGCCCAAACACUACAGGUGCUUUUGGCGGCGGGGGGAUUACCCAACGUAACUAGUGAAGAUGGGGAGACACCGCUUCAUAUUGCACUGCUCACAAACCCUGAUGUUACCCAGCUUCUUCUUGAGAAAGGCGGAGAUCCCAGUAUAAAGUCAGAAGAUGGGGGGACUGGACUACACCUUGCAGCGUGGACUGGUAACGUGGACGCCCUUAGGUUAGUGUUGGAAACUGGCAAGGUUGAUGUUGAUGAGAAAGACUUUGCUGGCUGCACGGCACUCCACUUGGCCUCUGAACAAGGCCAUUGUGACUCAGUAAAGAUGCUGUUGGAUUAUGGGGCCUCAGUAAGUGCCAAAGACAACAUCAAUCUUUCACCAUUGGACAAAGCACGGUUAAAGGGACAUGAAAAAGUGUCAGCACUACUGGAGGGCAAAGUGAAUGAACGGCCUAAAUUUUCAACUAAUGACGUCAGAGAUCUCGCGUUUCGCGAGAAACCGCGAGACACAUUCCUGAGGAGAGACGUGAAAAUGGCGGACGAAGCUUUGGGAAAAGCGGGACUCCACUUCGAUGAGCUGAAUAAGAUCAGAGUUCUAGACCCUGAGGUGUCUACAACUACAACAGAGCUGAAGGAAGAGUGCAAGGACUUUGUUGACAAAAUUGCAGAGUUCCAGAAGAUAGUGGGGAGCUUCAUAGAGAUGGUGGACCGGCUAGCCAAGGAAGUGGAGAAAGAAAAGAUGAAGGCAAUCGGUAACAGGAAUCAGCUGAAGUCCAUGGCCAAACAGAGAGAAGCCCAGGAGCAGCAGUUACAGGCCCUUAUAUCAGAGAAGAAGACACAGCUAGAGAGAUACCGUGUCCAGUACGAGGCCUUACUUAAGGACGAGGCAGAACAACAAGAAUUUGUGGAGCAGUUCAUCUUACAGAAGUAGCCCACAGCAACACACAUACAUGUGUACAUACCUGUAUCUCUUUUGUGUAUGGCAAUGCCAGGGUAACUACUUAGAUCUGAUGUUUUUUCAUCAAAUUAGAUACACAGGCUUUGAAGUUCCAAUGGACAAAAAGCUAGAAGCAAAGCUCCAAUGAAAAUGGAUAGCAUUUGAAAUUGGGUUGUGCUAGUGACAUUUUGUAGUCAAAGAAUGACUCUGAGAUUUGAGUGUAAUGUGCAUGCAUUGGUUGUUGUUUUUCUGGGAAAACUGGUUUCGGAAAGAAAAGAAAAGUAUGAAAACCAAGUUCUUUAACUGGCAUUGCCCCAUAGAAAGAAGGAUGUAAAGAAUUUAAAAAUACACUUUUUGACUUUUGUAAGUCCUACAUACAUGUAAGGAUUUCUAUAGAUACCAGUGUCAUGUAUAUACAAUUUGUUGUAAAUCAGUAAAAAAUCUAUUUUAGUGAAACCUCUUUAGAUGUAUAUACAGUACUUGACUUUCAUGAAUGGAUGGUUUGUUUGUAUGUGAUCUAUUAGCACAUGGUUAUACUAUAGGUAAUAUCAAAUAUUUCCAGUUCUGUUUUUAUAUAAGAGAAAAAUGUACAU